UAAACUUUGUCCUGUAUGUGAAGAAAACCAUGGCUGUGUUCAGUAAACUAACGCCAAGGAAUUCGGCUAUUAUUACGCUUGCGGGCCUGGCUUCAUAUCUGACGAUUAAAAAUAUUUUCAGUGCAAAACAAAGAAGAAACAAAGAUAAAGAAAUAAAAGUAGUUAUAUCACAGCAUGACCAGAAGAGGGAAAAAGCUGCAGUUGAUUCUAUCUUUUUCGGUCGAUUGAUUCGUAUUUUAAAGAUUUUAGUCCCAGGCUGGUUUACUCCAGAGACAUGGUACCUAUUACUUGUUGCAUGGUCUUUGAUUGCCAGAACAUAUGCUGAUGUGUGGAUGAUACAGAACGGAACUGCUAUAGAAAGUGCAAUUAUAGGACGGGAUAUGAAUCUCUUCAAAAGCCAUUUAUGGAAAUUUAUUUAUGCUAUGCCGAUGAUGUCUAUUGUAAAUAAUAUAUUAAAGUAUGGUUUAAAUGAACUUAAAUUAAGAUUUAGAACUAGAUUAUCAAUACAUUUAUAUGACAGUUAUCUCAAAGGUUUUACUUUUUAUAAGAUGAGUAAUUUAGAUAAUCGGAUAUCUAACCCUGAUCAACUUUUAACACAAGAUGUAGAAAAAUUCUGUGAUUCAGUUGCUGAUCUGUAUUCAAAUUUAAGUAAGCCUAUACUAGAUGUAAUAUUGUAUAGUAUAAAAUUAACAGGGGCUAUAGGAGCACAGGGACCUGGCUAUAUGUUGAUGUAUUUAGCAGUUUCUGGGUUAGUUCUUACAAGGGUACGGAGACCUAUUGGACGCAUGACAGUCACAGAACAAAGAUUGGAAGGAGAGUAUCGUUAUGUAAAUUCUCGAUUAAUUACUAAUAGUGAAGAAAUUGCCUUCUACCAAGGAAACAAGAAAGAACAGUUUACUAUUCUAGCAACUUUCCAAAAAUUGAUAAACCAUUUAAGAUAUUUUAUAUUCUUCCGUCUACAAAUGGGUUUUGUUGAUAAUAUUAUAGCAAAAUAUCUGGCUACUGUUGUUGGUUAUUUAGUUGUAAGCCGUCCCUUUUUAAACUUAUCUCACCCUAGACAUAAAAAUAGUACACAUGCAGAAAUAUUAGAGGAUUAUUAUAAAAGUGGAAGAAUGUUGGUAAAAAUGGCAGAAGCUAUUGGUAGAAUUGUUUUGGCAGGAAGGGAAAUGACAAGAUUAGCAGGUUUUACAGCCAGAGUAACAGAAUUGCUACAAGUUUUAGGUGAUCUUAAUAAAGGUCAUUAUGAAAGAACAAUGGUGACAGAAUCAAAAGGAAAUGGUAAUACAAGUACCGGUAACCAUGUAGCAUUAAAACCAGGUAGUGGUAAAAUUGUUGUACAGGACCAUCUAAUUAAAUUUGAUAAAGUCCCACUAGUGACACCAAAUGGUGAUGUGUUAAUCAGAGAAUUGUCAAUGGAGGUUAAGUCUGGUACGAAUGUUUUAAUCUGUGGACCAAAUGGUUGUGGCAAAAGUUCAUUGUUCAGAACAUUAGGAGAGCUUUGGCCAUUAUUUGGUGGAGUUAUGACCAAGCCAGAAAAGGGAAAGCUGUUCUAUGUACCACAGAGACCUUAUAUGGCUGUUGGAACAUUAAGAGACCAGGUUAUAUACCCUGAUAACAGAGAACAACAACAAAAAAAACGUAUUCGCGAUGAAGAUUUAGCUGAAAUUCUUGAAAAGGUACAGUUAGGUUAUAUAUUAGAUAGAGAAGGUGGCUGGGAUUCCGUUCAGGAUUGGAUGGAUGUAUUAAGUGGUGGUGAAAAACAGAGAAUAGCUAUGGCACGAUUAUUUUACCAUAAACCUCAGUUUGCUAUAUUAGAUGAGUGUACAAGUGCUGUUAGUGUUGAUGUAGAAGGUUAUAUGUACCAACAUUCCCGAGAGGUUGGCAUUACGUUAUUCACAGUAUCACAUCGUAAAUCAUUAUGGAAACAUCACGAUUAUUAUUUAAAGAUGGAUGGUAGAGGAGCGUAUGAAUAUAAAGCUAUCACAGAUGAUACCACAGAAUUUGGUUCAUGAUAAGUUUGUUAAUAUUUGAAAUAAAUUAAGCAAUUCUAUUUUUAUAGUGUGGCAGAUUUUAAAAUAUUUACUAUAGAUAUUCUUAUUUUGUCCAGUAAUAUAAUUAAUGUUUAUAUAAUUCCUGUAUAAUUUAUAGUUAUUACAGUGAACUAGUAUAGUAACAGGAUAUAAAUACAACCUUGUAUAGAUUUAAACCGGUUCUAUGGAUAAAUAGAAUGCACUAUUUCUUGAAUAUUUUUAAGUUAAGAUGUAAUAUACUGUGUUUCUAUAUUUAUGAUUUACUUUUCAACCUCUUUUUUGUGACCUUUAUAAAGAUAUAUUCCUUUAAUUGAUAGAUUGAUAAUUAUAUUCAAGUAAAAUAUCAACAUUGCAAUAUUCAUCACUUGUUGCUACAAAUAAACUCCCCUGGGGCAUUAUUUUAAUUUUUGGGUUUAUUAAUUAAAUCAUAUUUUAUUAUAGAUGCAUUAGGUUUUGGGGAUGGUCUUGUUGUCCUGGAAGAAACAUAUCUUUAAUUAAUUCAAUAAAUUAUGGUAAAAUGCUAUUAAGGGGGGGCUUGUGUCGACCUUGCAACUGAAAGCAACUGGCAUUUCAGCAACUGGGAGGAACUGAAAGCAACUGAAAAAAGUCAACCUGAGCGCCUCUUACAACUCAAAGCAACUAGUUGCAGUCAGUUGCACAUGUUCAACUUUCUGCAACUGGAGUCAACUCGUUUCCAUGGAAAUAACAUCACAUAAUAAGAGACAUGUGUCAUGUGACUUUAUAAAUAAGCAAAUGGAUCGAACGAAGACACCCACUUUUCAAGUUUUGAUGAUGUUGACAAUAAUAUACUAAUAGAAUUGUAGCAAGACUGACCAUGCCUUUGGGUUGCUUCUUCUAAGUAAUUUGCUAUUUUGUUGAUCACGUGAUAAAUAAAAUAACAGUCACGUGUUCAGUGUGAUCGCUAUUAGUUCCGAGUCGACAUAAGCGCUCCGAAUUCAGUUGCUCUCAGUUGCUGAUAUGAUCGACAUAAGCACUCUUGCAACUGACUGCAACUAGUUGCUUUGGGUUGCAAAGUCGACAUAAGCCCCGCUUAAAAGAAUCAAAAAUUAUUUAAGAUAUUGUUUUAAUAUCUUGAUUUUAAAAUGUCCAUUAUUCAGAUUAUCCUGUCAUUUUCAAAACUGAUUUUGCUGUAAGAAAAUUGUGACAAUGCAUUUGAUAUUUCGAGUACAUUGGUAAUGAUUCCAUUACAUGCUCAUUAUAUUGACAUCAGCUUCUUUUUAUUCUUGACUGUGGACACUUUUCUCUUUCAUAGUUCUUGUUUAGCUUAACUAGAUGGUCAAAUUGUGUGCAUCAAUUUCACUUAUAGAAUAAUUUCCUAAAAAUUGUAAAAAUAACUGAGAAAAACAAGCAAUUUAGGAAAUAUUGUUUGUUUUUGUAUUGGAGUUGAAGAAUAAUUGAAUUUCUCAUUAUCGUAUCACAGAAGAAACAAUUUUGUACUAUGCCUCACAUUGAACACAUAAUCAGCUGUUCAUCUUUUUCUCAAACCAUUAAUUUUGAUUUAAUACAGUGAAAUCCCUGUUAAUAGUGGGGUCUUAAUAAUGGGGUGGUCUCAAUACUGAGUGAGCAUGUAAAUUAUAUAGACAUGUGGAUCUACUUUAUUACUGUAAUAUGAGAUAAUAAUAAUGCAAUGUAAAAACAUAUGUAGGUCUAAGACGAGAUAAUAAUAAUGCAAUGUAAAAACAUAUUAUGUAAGUAAUUUCGGUUUAUCACCUUUUAACUGCAAAUUAACAAGCAUAAAAAGUUGGAUGUACGCCCUGAGUAUUCACUUGACCAUCUGUCGUCAAUAUUAUUAAAAAAUUAGGUAACCCUCCUGUAUUAAAUAUACAAUACCGUAUUUUAUUUACUAAAAGGUUUAGAUUUAUUUGGCCACGAAGACUAUGUUGUUUAUUACAAUUUGAACUUCCAGUACAUUAAUUAUGAUAUUCGAUUUAAUUAAGAUUAUUUACAUAUGACAGAGGCAUAAAAAAGGAAAAGUUUGUGUUAAUCUAUCGGCCAUGUGUGUGUUUUUAUAGCUACGGGUCUGAUAGGUUAUUCAUUUACCCUUGCAAACCCGUUUUUCUCAUUCAAGCGUAUAUGUAUUCUUGAAAAUGAAUUUAACAAUUCAAUAAUAUUAAUUUAAGCUAUAAAACAUCAGUGCGAUUUUUUGGAUCACUGACCGGCAUGACACAAUCAGAGAAUAAAAGAAAGUUGGAAUUAUUUUAUUUCUACAUGAAAUAUGAGAUACUGAAGAUUUCAAGCUGUAACUCACACAGAGCUUGGAAUUUUUAAACAUUGAUUCAUAAAAUCUGUGCAUUGAGAAACAAUUCGCCUAAUAUGGUGUUUGUUUCAUUUAUUGAUAUAAAAUAACAGUCAAACCAGGGUGUAAAAUCAUUUCUGAAAAUGUAUUUUUAAUUUUAUGUAUUUGUUAAUUUUAUCUCAAAUUUUUUUUUUUUUUUAUGGAAUAAAUGAACAAGAUUAGUACAUGUAUAAUUAAAGUAUGAAUUAGAAAGCGGGGGCAGGAAGAAUGAGGGUUACUGUACAUGUUUUUUCUAAACUCUUUCAUGGGUCUUUAUAGGAUUUUAAUAUAAUGUCAAAUAAUUAAACAUUUUUCAAUACAUGUUGAUCUACUCGUAAAUAUAGAAAAUCUUCUACCAAAAAUGGAUCUAUGCCAUUAACACUUUCCCUUUUUAAACCCUUUCCAUAUAUAUUAGUCGUACAAUCAAUUAUUGCAGAUCAUUUUACAAAAAAAAUUAAUUUAUAUCCGGUAUUUUAAUAGAAAACUGCCUGUUCCCCUAAAAUAAUUAUGCAUGGAGUAUAUAAUAUUUUGGGAAAGAUAUACUGUUAUAGGGUUUUAUAUCCGAUUGAUGUUGUGAUAAAUUGAAAUAUAAGUUAAUGUUUUUAUGAAGUUUUUGUAUAUAGUUGUAACCAACCAAACCUACUGUAAUUCCUGUGUAGUUUUUAUACAUCUUUUAUUUCAAGUUCCAGUCACCAUAGCUAGUGUUCCUACUCUUUUCACAAAUUUUCUCAUCCUGCUUAUUGAUUUGGAAUCCCUAAAAGAACAUUUUUAAGAUGCGUUUGUCUAAGGGUUAAUUAAAUUUUUGAUGUAACGAAAUAUUGUUCGACUUAGUACUUUCAUUCUGUCUACUGAUAUUUGAUUAGAUUGCUAAUAGUUGAAAUCAAGCUUACAAUAAUACAGAUGAUGUCAUUUGGUACACAGAAACAAUCAAGAGGCAGGUAAGUAUACGGAACAUUUGGCAUUUAUCUACCUGAGGUGGCUGGAACUUGAAAUGACUACAUUUUUUGUAACUAAUGUAUUGAAUAUAUAGAGAGAUUUCAAAAUAAAUUAAUUCAACUGGUUAUUAAAAUAUUGUGUCUAGAAAUAAUUAUGUUUUAUAAAAAAAAAAAGGAAUUUAAAAAAAAAUAACUCAUUAAUAGGUUAGCAACUUAUUAUAUAUUAAAAAUAAAGGAACCUGAGCUCGAAUUUGAAUAUGUUACACCUCAAAAUCUGUAAUGUAUGAAUUUUAAAAUGUACCAAGAUGGACCUUGGUGUGCAUUCAUUUUACUAUGUAGUUCAUUGUUUACUAUAUUUAGUAUUCAGACGAGUUAUUUUACAGUCUGUAAUAUCAACAUUAUGCUUGAUUGGCCAGUCACAUGAAAUAAUGUAUGACAAGAGACACUGUUUAAACUGUUGAAUCAGGUUGCCUAUAGUGGACUAAUUGUUGUCAGAUAUUGAUGACCGAUAAGAUAACAUUGACACAAUGAUUGAUUGAAACAGACAGCUUAUAUUGUGGAGGUUAUUGAUAAGCAUAGAUUAAAAUACCUACAUAGAAGAUUAACACCAUUAUCUGAUAAUUAAUAUUUCUAUUUGAAGUGAUUACUGAAUAAUAUACUUAUACAAAUAUUGGCAAUGUAAAUAUAUAUAUCCUAUCCAUCUGUCUUUCCUACUUAAUGCCUGCCAUUAGAUUUGUCUGUAGGAAAAUGAUGUAUUGAGUACAUGUAGCUAAGAUUUUUUGUAUGUAUUUGUUUAGUUGUCUAUUGUAUCAGUUUUACCAUGGACCUUAUAAUACCAGAACUUUGAAUUUCAAAGGUGUAUUAUUAGGUCCAUGGUUUUACUAAUUCUCCCAUUAUUAUUGAAUAAACUCUUUAGAGUAAGGUAUUUUUCUUAGACAGACAUUUAACUCCAUCAAAAGAUCUGUAUGACUUGUAGAUUCAAACUUAAAACGUCUAGAUCUCAGCAGUGGCUUUGCAGAUUUGUCUGAAAUGUUCCAUUGUCAAAUUUGAACAUGCCCCAUGUAACCAUGUAGUCAAAUGACAUUAAAUCGGAAAUUAUUUUUUAGAUGCCCACAGUGGAUGUGAUCGUAUAUUGUCAGUCUUCUAAAGUUCAAUGCUCUAGAGUCUAAAAUUAUCAUCUAAUAAGCUUAUUAUUUAUAAACAUUUUUUAUUUUCAUCAAAGGAGGAAACUAUUCAUUUUCAAUAAUUUGCAAUAAUCACUUCUAGAGUUAUUGCUGUUGACCACUUUGAAAAAACUUGUGGAUAUUCAAGAUGCUAAAGUAAUCUUUUGAUAGGCUUUAAAUUUAUGUUCAUAAGAUGAAGCUGAUAAUUAUUCUCAAGAGUUAUCACCCUUGAUCAAUUUUUAUACACCCACAUUGAAAUGUGGUCGUAUAUUGUUGUCACCCCCAUCCGUCAUUCCUCCGGCGUCCACAAUUGCUUGUGGGCGCUCUAGAAGCUACAUUUAAUACUCGAUUGCCUUGAAAUUUAUACACAGUGUUUAAGGUCAUGAGACGAAGAAUGCUAUUGAUUUGCACGGAUUUCUGAUAAUUACUGCCAGAGUUAUGGCCCUUGAUCACUUUGAAAUAUCUUGUGGACGCUCUUGAGGCUAAAGUUAAUAUCCGAUUGACUUUAAAUUUAUACACAGUGUUUAAGGUCAUGAGAUGAAGAAGCCUAGUGAUUUUAACCGAUUUCCGAUAAUUACUGCCAGAGUUAUGACCUUUGAUCACUUUGAAAAAUUUUGUGGACGCUCUAGAGACUAAAGUUAAUAUCCGAUUGACUUUAAAUUUAUACACAGUGUUUAAGGUCAUCAGACGAAGAAGCCUAAUGAUUUUCAACGAUUUAUGAUAAUGACUUCCAGAGUUAUGGCCCUUGAUCACUUUGAAAAAGCUUUAGAGACCAUAGUUAUCAUCUGAUUGAUUUUAUAUUUAUACAUUGAGUUUACCCUAUAUAUAAUCAUAUCGAUUGACUUUAGAUUGAUACACAGAAUUUAAGGUUUUGAGACCUUAUUGAUUUUUAAUGAUUUUUGAUAACUUGAACAGCUAAACCCAUGAUAUUACAUGUAGAUGUUUUGUAUACUAAACGUUAGCAUGGGCCAAACAAAUUCUAAUGAUUUUAGUCUAUUAAAUGUUUCAUUACUGACAACACUUGUUUACUGCUCGGAUGAUUUAGCUGCUGUGGGCGUAUGUUUCGUUGCCUGGCAACCUAUAUUUAAAAUCUUGUGGAUACUCUAGUGGCUCAAGUUAUUAUCCAAUUGAUAUCAAAUGUGUACACAGUUGUUAUAUUCAUGAGAUGAAGAAGACUGUUGAUUUUCGACAUUUUACUGUAUCUCAAAUAGCUAAUGUUAGCAUCUAAUUACUGAUACUUUUGUAUAAUAUAAAUGUAAACACUAGGAAGAACUAGACUUGUGGGUUGUUACUCUUGAUCAGUUUUUACUGUGGUUUAUGCAUUCACAUUACGAGGGGUUGGAUGGCUGAAUGGUUAGCGUGCGCGCGCUGUAUCAUAAAGUCUGUCAUUGAGUCGACUGGCGUGGUUUCGAAUCCCCGGUUGUACGUGACAAGGAGUAGGGUCGCCUGUCCAACCUCGUGGGUUUUCUCCGGGUCCUCUGGUUUCCUCCCACUGCUAAAGACCCCUACGCGCAUUCGAAUUAUUGAAAUAAAAUUAAACCAUGUGUUAGUCCCUAAAUGACCUAGUUUGUGUCGAGUGGACGUUAAACCCCAUUUCUCUCUCUCUCGCAUUCACAUUACAUACAAAAGAGUAAAUCUGCCACAUUGAAUUCCUGAGAUGUUGCCCUUAAACACAUUGUAGAAUUUGUGACUGCUCUAGCAACAAAAGUUACAAUCCGAUCAGACUGAAAUGUAUAUUAUUCAUUGUUCAAGUUAGUGAAACAAAGAAUCCUAUUAAAUUUAACUGAUUGUAUUUCAUAUAAAUGGUUGUUGUGUUUUAUUGUUCUCAAUCACUGUCACUCAACCAUUAGAUUUACCUGCUGUGCUGUAUGUUUUAUUGCCUAUAAUAAAAGAUGAGAGUGGGCACAGUGUAGAAAGAAUGAUUCACUACAUUGAUUGGGCUGUUAAGCGCAACUGAAUUGAUCAAAAUAUCUGAUUGUAUAUACUAAUGUGGCAAUAUCUAUUAAAAUUGUUGAUACUCACUUUGACAUUUCUCAUUGUCUGUAUGGUUUCAGAUGUACAGUAUUGUUAUUCUUUGUUUUGUUGAGAGGUUGGCCUGCAUUGUCUAUUUACUUUGGCUUAUUAACAAGUAUAAUAGUAUUUCUGAUAUAUGGUCCACCCAGUGUAGCUAGUAUUCAUGGAAUUCACACUUAUUAUAGAUAAAAUUGUGUCAGUGCCUUUGUAAUAAAAAUAAAAAUGAACUUUAAUAGUACUGAUGAUGGUGUAAAUGUGAAUAUUCUCACAAUGAACAAUUUGUCAUCUAUAUUUAAUUAAUUGUUAACUAUAUAUAAUUGAUUGUCAACUUAUUUAACUGAGAGUUUAAUGCAAAAUAAAUGUGUUUUAUAUAGAUCAUAUUUUAAUUGUGAUAGUUUUAUGGUCAUUAUUAUAUAAUGUUUGUAAAUAAAACUAGAAAUAUCUAUU